UUUAUUGAAUGAAGUAAUUGUAAUGGUAAUCGGUUUCUUUUUUUUUCUGUAACGUGUACAAGUCUCAUUGGAGCUGAAGUCGUAAGGCUCCUGCUUCGUAGCUAUACCUGAUUUGUAGCGGCAAAAUUUAAAUGUGGCUCUGUAGCAAGUUUGUAGCCCUGUAGUAGCGUUUGAGUCUGUAUGUAGCCCUUGGUAUGCAGCAAGUUCGAUUUGCAUUGGCUGAAGCACUUUCGAGAAAUAAUCUGAUGGAGAGAGUUGAAAAUACAGGAAGUGAUAUUCAGGCUAUAUAGUUAGCGUUGGUUCCUCCAUCGCGCUUGUGUAUACUUGGAGUUAAUCUUAGAAUGGCCAACUGUGACUGUAAAACCUCGGGGCCGACGUUGCUUACUCAUGUUUCCUUUUGGCUUUCAUGAAUAUGCCGCGUUUGCAGACCGUGUCCACGCUCCGCAGGGCAGCGCUACCAUGAGCUCGCGGCCUUCGAAGUUGCCGGCGUCACGGAACGCACCGGUGCCUCCGUUCUCGGCAUCGUCACUGUUGCCGACGUCAGGGAAUUCGCCUGUGUCAACGGACCUAGCGCCAACGCUGUCGCCGACGUCACAUAGCCAGCCAGUGACACCUGGCUCGGCUUCGUCAAUGCCGCCUACGUCACGGACCGCGCCGGUGCGACUGAACUCGCCAUCGUCGGUUUCGUCACGAAACGCACCGAUUGCACCGAGCGCGUUAUCGCCACUGUCGCCAACGUCAUGGAACUCGAUGGUGUCACGGGAAUCGGUGCCGUCAGUGUCGUUAACGCCACGAAACUUGCGGGUACAAUCGGACUCAGAGUCACCACUGUUGCCGACGUCACGGAACUCGCCGAUGCCGUCGGGCUCAGCGUCGUCAGAGUCGCCGAAGUCACUUCAGAACUCGCCGGUGCCACCGUGGAAAAUGUCGCUGACGUCACGGAAUUUGGAUGUGCCACCGAGUUCGGUGUCGUCACUGUUGCCGACGUCACGGAACUUGAAGGGGCCGCAGAACUCGCAUGUGACUACGUGCUCGACGCCGUCGCCGAUGACGAGUGCGGCACCGGCACCAGCAGCCUCGGCGCCGUCACCGUUGCACAUGCCAUGGGACACGCCCGUGUCGCCGGCUUCGGCGUCGCCACUCUUGGGGAGCUCUCGAAGCUCGCCGAUGACGCCGAGGUCGCCCAAGCUGAGCAGCAGGCGGAGCAGCGUCUACUCGCUGAGGGCGCCCAUGCACAGCCAGAGCGAAUCCGAGCGUUCGCUGGACGCCAGGGCCAACCGAAGUGGUGGGACGGCUUCAUCGUGCUGUUGCUCGUCAUGAACCUGGUACUGGUCCCUCUGCACCUGGGUUUCUUCCCGACGACGGGAAUCGAGUGGGCGCUCUACUCUCUCUACUCCGACUUCAUGCUCCUCGCAGACAUGCUGCUCAACUUCAGGACUGGCAUUGACGAUCGCAAGCAGGGCAUCGUUAUCAUGGACCCGGCUGAGAUCAAGCAGCACUACCUAAAGGGAUGGUUCCCCGUGGACUUGUUGAGCAGCCUUCCACUGGACUUCAUCAUCUGGACGUGGCCGACAAAGCACCACAGAAACUUGGAUAUUCGCUCCAGGUUAUCGCAACUCGCCAAGCUCCUCAGCUUCGUCAAGCUUAUCAAGAUCAGCCGUCUCUUCCGAUACGGAGGGCGCACCGAGCAGAUAAUGUUCUACCAGACGACGGGCGUGUACCUGCAGCUGGGCAACAUCCUGGCGCUCAUCUUUCUGGCUGUGCACUGGCACGCCUGUCUGCAGUUCUUCGUCGGCAACCUGAUGGGUUUCCCGCCGCAGUCGUGGAUAUCCAUCGCCAAACUGCAAGACAAACACUGGUGGGAGCAGUACUCGUGGGCUGUGCACAACACGGUGUCCCUCAUGAUGACCAACAACUACGGCCUGGCACAGAAGACCGGCCUGCUCGUCGAGGAAUGGAUCCAGGUGAUGGGCAUGUUCUUUGGCGCCCUCUGGCAGGCGUUACUUCUGGGCUACGGCGCCAACUUGCUCGCCCACAAGGACUUCACCAAGAACGUCCAGCGGGAGAGGAUGCAAGAGGUCGAGGAGUUCAUGAGCUACUACGACUUGCCCGAGUGGCUCCGAGCGCGCAUCAGAUCGCACCUGAACGCCCAACAGAUGUACCUGCACGACAAGGACAUCCUCUCCUCGCUGUCGGGCACGCUGCGAGAGGAAGUGCUGCGCCACAACUACUCGGCGACGCUGACGCGGGUGCCGUUCUUCGCGCAAGCGGACCCGGACUUCACGAACGCGAUCGCGGAGCGACUUAACGCCGAGUACUACCAGCCGCGCGACGUGAUCGCCCGGCGCGGCACCAUGGGUCAGAAGGUGUACUUCGUGCGGUCCGGUGUCGCCAACGCCCUCAGCGAGAAGCAAGAGCUGCUCGACACCUACACCACGGGAGACUACUUCGGCCAAUCGUGCCUGAUGGGCGCCAAGGUUCGCCAGGACAACGUCGUCGCCGCGAAUCACUGCAGCGUUCUCACGCUGCUGGCGACCGACUUCCACGAGGUGAUGGGACGCUUCCCGUCGGUGCGGGGCAUCUUCCAGACGCUGCUGUUCGAGAUGAACUCGCAAGAGCACGCGGAGCGACGUCGCCUUCAGUUGAUGCGCAGGACCAAGUCACCCACGUCCUCGGGCGGCGGCUGUCUCGCUGUCCCGAAUACCAGCCACACACCGAGCACGUGCCAGCUGUCGCCUCCAUUGGAGGAGACCGACGACAGUCCGUCGGCCGCCGACUCGGGGCGCGAGAACCGCGACCCGGAAGACCAGGGUCGGCGCGACGGCAGCGACGUCGGUGGCAGGGGUUCGCAGUGCAAGCAGUCCUGAUGACGCGACCCGAAGCACUCCUGACGUUCGCAGAAGACUCGCAGAACGGGCGCGAUGGCAACGAAUGUUGCGGCCUUCGUUCACAUGCGCUAAGAGUUUUAUGGUGUAGCUUCGUAUUAAAAUACCGGAUCGCUUCGACCGUUUGCACACCACUGACGCCGGAAGGCACUGUAAUGCCUCAAUUCCAUGUAACUGCUGUCGCGGUGGACGGCGUUAGUGGUGAUGCUGAGGGUGACUUUAAGGUCUUUGGCACGUACCCACUCACGGGAAUUAUUUGGCCAAGUGUCGGGCAGAUUUUACGUAUGUGUUCGGUGAAUACAUUUAGAUAUCCAUU